AUGCUAUUUGUGCCCUUGUCCCAUUACCCCCCCUCCCCCCACCCCAUUCCCACCUCCCUCCUUUACUCUCCAUUGCAUCUAUUGUAUCUCCUAUCCUGUUCCCCCAUUUCGUCCCUCUCCCUUUCCGUACUCCUCCUCCCCUCCACUUCUCCCUUUUCUCUCCUUCUCCCUCUUUUUCUCCCCCUUUUCUUGGUUCGAUUUCCCUCGUUCUUUGUGGAUUCUCUUUCCCGUGUGCAGGCUGCUGACUCAGCAGCGGCGGCCGAGGCGGACGCGUCAGCGCCUGCUGACGUGGCAAUCCCUGGGAACGCCAGCACACGCCAGCUGGUCGAGCUGGCAGCGCGACAGGUGGCGGAUGAAGUCCGGGCAUCAAUGGAGGAAACGGACCUUGCCCGUUUGAGGGAUGUCAUUGGAGCUACAGUGCGCAGAACAGGCAAGUGGACUGCCGCCCUUGCUGCCCGCUCCUGCCCGCAAUGCCCUGACUGCUCGCUCACUCCGCCGUCCACAAUCGGGCCGGUCUGCACUGCACCGGGAUUCGUCAACUGCAGCUGCCCGAGCGGGCAGUCGGGCAGGCGAAAGUUUCCGAAGCGGACCGAGAAGCCGCUGUGCACGGACGGCGCGUCGCCUGGCAGGUGGAAAAGCUACAGCCAAUGGGAGGCCGACAACUACUCGCUGUCGCGGCUACUGGCGAAUGAAUUUGCGCGGCAGUGUGGGAUGCAGCGCCGGUCAUGGGAUGGUGACAAGGCUAGAAGCACGUUGCUGGAUACCCGGGCUGAUCAACAGGUGGCAGAAGGUGGGAAGGGUGGUGGUGGGGGGAGGAGGAGGAGACUGGCGGGUGGUGUGAUGCUAGAGGGAAGAGGAGGAAGAGGAGGCGGAGGGGGAGGAGGGGCGGUUGAUGCUGGUUGGUUGAAUGGGGGGGCAAGUGCGGGGGAGAGAGCAGCAGAUGGGGACUGGGAUGGAAUGGAGGGAGGGGAGAUGGAGGAGUGGGAGGUCCCUCAGGAUUUGAGAAGUGAAGGAGAGGAGGAGAGUGUGGGUGAGAGGGUGGGUGAGAGAGUGGGUGAGAGUGUGGGGGAGGACGGGAAGAGCAGGAGGGUGGGUGGCAGGAGGCGGUUGCUUAUGUCGCGAGGCGAGUGGCCGCGAGUGACUUAUCUGUUCCGAGGGAAGAUGGCUCACCAGAGGCAUCCUGAGGAGAACGCCACAGAGGAGCGGGAUCUGAACAACAAGUUCCUGGAGUCGUUCAAGCAACCAGGGGGGCAGCAGCCUGACUUCCUCAUCAUGAGCAUUGGAGCGCACGAGGUGAUUGGGUGGAAUCGCCGCCCCCCGCCAGACCUGGAUGUAGCCACGUUCAAGAAAGACAUGGAGGAGCUGCUACAGCUGCUGAGGGGGAGCUACAACCGGGAGAAAGGCAUGCUGCUGUGGUGGAAGGCGCACUACAUCUGGCCAGGCAAGGUUACCGGGCAGGACUAUUUCACAAUCGGCCAGAGCUUAUAUGGAAGCCGGAUGGAGUACACUACGGCUCUGAAGCUUUGGCUGUACACUCCAAGAUUUUAG